UUCCAUCGUUCAUUCCAAGAUGUUCAAUCAAACUCAGUUGUUUGUUUUUCUCGCUGUAUUCACUACGAGCAGUGUUUUAGGGAAUAACAAUGAUGUUAAGGAUGGCGCAGCGAGUGGAGCUCACAGCGACCGACUAGGUCUUUGGUUCGGUCCCCGGCUAGGCAAGCGCUCGCUCAGGAUAUCUACCGAAGAUAACAGACAAGCAUUCUUCAAAUUACUCGAAGCCGCCGACGCUUUGAAAUACUAUUACGACCAACUACCUUAUGAGAUGCAAGCUGAUGAACCUGAAACCAGGGUCACCAAGAAGGUGAUCUUCACCCCCAAGUUAGGCAGAAGCCUCGCAUACGAUGACAAGAGCUUUGAGAACGUGGAGUUCACGCCCAGACUCGGCAGGAGACUGUCCGAUGAUAUGCCUGCCACUCCCGCUGACCAGGAAAUGUACCGCCAAGACCCUGAACAGAUUGACAGCAGGACAAAGUACUUCUCCCCAAGGCUCGGCAGAACCAUGAACUUCUCACCACGACUCGGCAGGGAACUGUCUUAUGAUAUGAUGCCAAACAAAAUCAGGGUAGUGAGGAGCACAAACAAAACGCGAUCAACAUAAUUUGGAGCAAAAACAAGACGCAAAGCUAGUCUAACCUCAACAUUUUUAUAAAACGUGUUAUUUUGGACGAAAUAAUGUACUGUUUUGUAUAAUAAGUAUUAUUAAAUAAUAUUAAAAAUUAGUAUUUUGUCGAAAUAAAGGACUUAAGAUAUA